GUCCCGAGCCGCCGCCACCACGCCGCGCGCCGUACUCCGCGUGAAGAAUGGGGCGGCCAAGCUGCCCAAGCCGCCCGCCGCCGCCGCGGCCGAGGCUCCGGGCGCGGGCGCGGGCAUGGAGCGCUCGCAGAGCCGCCUCAGCCUGUCCGCCUCCUUCGAGGCGCUCGCCAUCUACUUCCCAUGCAUGAACUCCUUCGACGAUGAGGAUGCAGGAGACAACCGGAGGCUGAAGGGUGCCAUCCAGAGAAGCACUGAGACAGGCCUGGCCGUGGAGAUGCCCAGCCGGACACUGCGCCAAGCCAGCCACGAGUCCAUCGAGGACAGCAUGAACAGCUAUGGCUCAGAGGGAAACCUUAACUAUGGAGGAGUUUGCCUGGCCUCAGAUGCCCAGUUCAGUGACUUCCUUGGAAGCAUGGGGCCAGCCCAGUUUGUGGGCCGCCAGACUUUGGCCACCACGCCCAUGGGGGACGUGGAAAUCGGCUUGCAGGAGCGGAAUGGUCAACUGGAAGUGGACAUCAUCCAGGCUCGGGGACUGACUGCCAAACCAGGCUCUAAGACGCUGCCAGCGGCCUACAUCAAGGCCUACCUGCUGGAGAAUGGGGUCUGCAUUGCCAAGAAGAAAACCAAAGUGGCCCGCAAGUCACUGGACCCACUGUACAACCAGGUGCUGCUGUUUCCCGAGAGUCCUCAGGGCAAAGUCCUGCAGGUGAUCGUGUGGGGAAACUACGGGCGGAUGGAGCGGAAGCAGUUCAUGGGUGUGGCCCGCGUGCUGCUGGAGGAGUUGGACUUGACCACCCUGGCUGUGGGCUGGUACAAGCUCUUCCCCACCUCCUCGAUGGUGGACCCAGCCACAGGUCCCCUGCUCAGGCAGGCAUCCCAGUUGUCUCUUGAGAGCACCGUGGGGCCCUGUGGAGAGCGAUCUUAGUGCCGGGGAGGAGAGGGGCUCCCCGAGAUGGCCUGGAGACCACCCAGCCCCGACCUGGGACCCCAAGCCCAGGGGUGCAUUGAAGAGGAGGAUGGGGUUUUCCCCCAUGGUGGGGAAGCAGAAUGGGGAGACCUGCCCCCCUUGGGCCCCUCCUCACCCCUUCUUCACCUCCUAACCCCUGAGACCUUUCCUCUCCCAAUGGGUUGGCUGCACUUUUGACUUGGCUGGUCUUGACAUGGUGGACGAGGCUGCGAUUGGAGAAGGACUGAGGUGGCAGAGCAGACCACUCUCCUGCCCCAACACCGCCCUCCCUGCCCCCUUUGCCUCCUCGGAAGCUUGCUGCCUAGAGCCAAGUCCAGAACCCAGCCGGCCAUCUCCAUGGUGCCAAUUACCAGCAAGUGUCUUUCCUGCGGCACCGGGUUCAGGCAGCUACUCCUGCCCCAGAACCGACGGGGCAGCUUUGCAAGGAUCCGGAGCCAGCUCCUGGGGGCCUAGAGCUCCCCACUUGAAGGGGAGCUCGGGUCUCCCUCUGCCUGCCCGUGGAAGGAGCUUUGCCGAAGCCUGUCCGAGUCCAUCUGUCCAUCCCCUCCUGCCUGCCCCUCUGCUGGUAGCUCUAGAAGUUGGGGGCCAGCAGGAAAAGUAGGAGGUGCCUGAGGCCUGGCACAGAUCCCCAGAGGGCUCUGCUCCAUGGAAUUGCAACAAGCUGGUCUGGAACUCUUGGUGGACUGGAAAGGACAUUGCCAUCUGUCAUGUGCAAGACUGUGGGGACCUUGAGUUUCCAGAACUCCAUGGCCAGAAGCAACUUUGGCAUGUGGGGGAUCCUGGAAGGGGAGUGUUGAGAAAAGCUGGGAUUGGGUCUGGUGGUGCCAAGGGAAGGGUUUCCCAAACAGGAGACCCCUCCUUGUUGGUUGAGAUCUAAGGUCAUCUUAUCCCUCUGCCUCCGGGCUAGGGUCUUGGGGAGGCAUUAGAGCCCCCCACUAUUUUAGUAUUUUUAAAUAAACCAUCCUGUACUAAGGGCAGAACCCACUGCCAGGGCCUCAUCACCUUGGCUCAAGAAGAGAUGUGUGUGGGAGGGGAGGAGUACAGAGCUGUGUCUGGAAGAAUCCAAGGCUCUGGUGAGGCCUGGGUAGCUGCCUUCCUGCGGCCCUCUCUGGGGCCUGCAGGAGCCCUUUUGCAUGCGAGGGAGGACACAGGCUGGCCCCUCUAUAGAAGCACAUUUCUACCAGCUCUCCUGGGAGGCACCCAGCAGCCUGCCAUUCCUCUUCACUUAGUCCCUGCUGUGUAGGGUGUAGUCCAGGUUAGCUGGGUACGUAGUGUUCAUGCCCUGAGGCCUGCUCUUAGCUCAGAUGUAGUCUUUUCCGAGUCCUAGGCUGGUAGUAGAGAGGAGACCGCAGUACAUUCCAGGAGGUUACAGUCUCUCUUCUCUGACUGGGCUGGAUGGGCUGCCUGGCUCGCCAGAGGCUAGCCCUCCCCUGCCCUGCCUCCUUCCUUCCUUCUUCCCCGUAGGGUUGUAACCCUAGCUGCCCAUUCAUUAUACUAGUGUUCUAAUGUACUGUCUUCGGCACUGAUUUUCCUUAUGAGGCACUCCUGAGGAUUCUAAGCCUUGUGGAGGGACUUGGUCUUACUAGAGGGUGCCGUUUUUCCACUGAGGAUGCCAGGGCUCUGUUGGGUCCCACCCUUUUCCUGGUUCCACCAGGGUUCCACUUGGAAAUUCUCCCCACACCCAACCUGCCAAGCCCUGAGUGACCUUUACAUUUCUGGUCGAGUUCUGUCACCUCCACCUGGAGCUGCUGACGCUGUACAGGUUAGGGGCUAUACAUGGUCCCUCUUAGCCAGUUUGUCUUUAGAGUGUCUCGAGACUGUGGAGGGGCAGAACCCAAGGGCAGGGGAGCAGGGCUCAGGAUGGGCUCCCAUCUGAGGCCCACAGUCAGCGCCCUGACUCCAUUUUUAACCAGUGUGAUUUCUGCUCUUGGUUUACUACUCACCGUUUGGAAUAUUUUGAGUCAGGAGAGUGCCUUCUCUCUCCAGCUGUCACUACUGUGGUUGUUCAGGGUGGGGCAAAGCCUGGCUGUCACAGCCAGAUGAGAGGGCUCAGCCAGAGGGGGUUGGGGGAGGGAGGAGAACAGGUGAACCAACUCCAAAGCAAUAACAACACCCUCGUGGUCAGCCAGGCCCCCUCAGUGGUUUUUCUGGUUUAUUCUGUGGGAUCUCACCUCCUGGAGGGGUGGUGUGGGGGCUGGAGCCCCAUUUCUUUGUAUCAUUGUGAGCAAGUACCCUUCUUCCAAGGGAGCUGUGAUCAUCGUGUGUGGGAACUAUGUCUGUUCUCACCUAGGGACUAGACAGGGGCUUGGGGAGGGAGAGUGACUUUUCAUCAUGAGCUUUGGGGACUGCCAAAUCCAGCCUGUACCCCACUGCUGUCUGACCCUUUGCCAACUCAGACUCCACCACCUGGAGAGGAGCAGAGAGGGUGGAGUUGGGGGUGUUUCUGGGGCUAGGUCUCUAGGGCUGGUUCUUACUUUGUCUCUGGACAGAGGUCAUGUACAGGGCUGCCUUGGAAGGGGCCUUCUCAGAACACUUUCCUUACCCAGAAUGCCUCUUCACUCUGAGGGGAAGGGCCUGUGGACCUUUUGUCCAUUUGCAUUUUGCAAAGAGGAGACCCAGCUCUGCCUAGGGAGAGCCAUCCUUGGGUCACUGGUGUGCCCUAUGGCACCUCCACCUGGGUGUCCCCACAUCCCACUGAGCUGGAGCCAGGGUGGGAUGAAGAGGAGCUACCACUUCCAUCUUUUCUACUCCCUCUCUGGAGCCUCCUAGUCACCCCAAAACAUGGGAGGACAAGUUGUAGCCCAUCUGAGAGGUCAGAAAACUGAGACCCAGAGCAGGAAAUGAUUUGU